AUGGUAAAAGUGAAGUCUAAGAACAGUGUCAUCAAACUAUUAUCUACAGCGGCAAGCGGGUAUUCUCGUUACAUCUCGAUAAAGAAAGGUGCACCUUUAGUUACUCAAGUCAGAUACGAUCCUGUGGUGAAAAGGCACGUGCUCUUCAAAGAAGCAAAGAAAAGGAAGGUAGCAGAAAGGAAGCCAUUAGAUUUCUUGCGAACAGCCAAGUGA